AUGAACAACGACGCGAUUGGCCCGGUCUCGGGCUUUCUCAACGCGACCUUUUCUGUCUUAAUCUUGUUACGCCUAUGGCGGCUUCGGAAAGAGGAUAUUAAAGUCAUCCUAGGAUAUUCUGGCUUCUCCUUGCUGAUAACAACAGGCCUGCUUCUCUUGUCGAAUCUUUAUUCUUUGACAACAGAUAUCUUGCAGCAAGAUCGCUAUCACGUUGUAGUGUCAGUUGCCUCUGUCGUCGCUACAGCGCUUCUUUGCCCUCUGCUGUACCUGGAACAUGUGCGCUCAACCAGGCCAGCCGAUCUCGCUGUUAUCUUCUUGCUCGUAUCUUUGGUGUGUGACUUGGGUGCUGCUCUACAAGAGGGUCCCGAGGAGUGGUUAAUACCCACCACCAAGAUUACUCUAAAGUUUCUUCUUAUCGCCGCAGAAAGCCGAAGCAAACAAGGGAUUCUCAAGAGUCCCUACUCUUUCCAAUCUCCAGAGCAGCUGGCAGGAAUUCUUAGCAGAACAUGCUUUUGGUGGAUGAAUCCCAUUCUCGCCUUGGGGAACCAGAUCAUUCUUUCCGGUGAAGAUCUUCCUCCGAUUGACCACCUCCUUACUUCGGAAAAGCUCCGUCAUGAUGGCUUAAAGGCGUGGGAUCAGAGGGCCAGACCAUUGACCAAGAUAACAUUACCCAUCUGCCUAGUGAAGAGUAUGCUACCUCAGUUCAUGGUACCAGUUGUCCUACGAUUAUGCCUCAUAUUCUUUCGUUACGCGCAGCCGGCUCUCAUUAGCUCUGCGGUUCAUGAACUAAGCAGCCACUCCGAUGGAGGUAGGCUUAUGCUGAUCAUGAAAGCCGCUAUGGUCUACUUCGGUUUAGCAGUUUUUGAAGCAGUUUACCACCAUCGGUUAAACAGACUCAGCAUCAUAACCAAAGGGACACUCAUCGGGCUUAUCAAUAACGCAGCUCUGCGGCAGUCAUCAAGCAGCUACAACGACGGUAUAGCCCUAACUUUAAUCAGCACAGAUACAGAGAGCGUCAUGAGAUUCUCAAGUAUGUUCCAUGAAACUUGGGCACAUGUACUUGAGGUCAUAAUCGGAAUGGCAAUGUUGGCUCGACAAAUUCGCUGGGCCGCCCCAGUACCUUUAGUGAUUAUCUUCUUUUGCUCUCGAAUGAGUCGUUACCUUGCCAGAAACCUGCAAAGCAAGCAGAAGGCGUGGAAUGAAGCGACACAGAGACGAAUCUCUCUGACGGCAUCUGCGAUCUCAUCAAUGAAGGUGAUGAAGAUGCUUGGACUUUCCAGACAAACUGAGGUAUUGAUUCAGAAGCUUCGAGCCCAAGAAUUAGAGAUGGCGAAGAAAGUGCGGUGGAUGAUGGUCGCGUAUAACGCCAGUGCUAAUGCGCUCGGAAUAUUCUCUCCUAUACUAACAUUUGUCAUAUUCGUGAUGUAUGCUAACGUACGUGGGUCGACUCUGGAUGCCGAGACUGCAUUUACGACGACAGCGCUUCUUGGGCUAGUGACCCACCCAGCAAACAUGAUCAUGACGAUUGUGCCUCGUGCCAUUGGCUCUUUGGCCGCUUUCGGAAGAAUUCAAGACUAUCUUGUCCGGCCUGGUCGAGCUGAUGAGAGACGCUUGUUCAAGCCAAAGACAAAGGUCGAUGAUUCUUCAUCAGCCAUUUGCUUUGAAGCUGUCACUGUUCAGUCCCAUUCACAGUCACGUCCAGUCCUCGAUAACAUCAAUUUCACUUUCAACCAAGGGUCAAUAGUCAUUUGCGCUGGGGCAGUUGGAAGUGGGAAGACAGUCCUCGCCCAGUGCAUUCUAGGCGAAAUACCAGCUUCGAGUGGGAGAAUCUCAGUGUCCACCCAGCGGAUCGCUUACUGCGAACAAUCACCCUGGUUACCGAGUGGUACUCUGAAAGAAGUGGUUUGUGGCUUUGGGAAGUUUGAGCCCGGUUGGUAUAGACAUGUUGUCAAGCUUUGCUGCCUCGAUGAGGAUAUUUUAGCCUUGCCGCUCGGUGACAACACUGUCAUAGGCAGCCGGGGCCUGAAGCUCUCUGGAGGUCAAAGACAGCGUUUGGCACUCGCCCGUGCUUUAUACGCUCGGGGCGAAAUUGUGCUUCUUGACGACAGCUUCUCAGCUCUAGAUCACAACACAGAAAGAAAGGUGGUUUCUAAUCUUCUAGGAACUCAAGGGCACUUCCAUAAGACAGGCACUACAGUCGUCUUAAUUGCCAAUUCUACGAAACACUUUGACCUGGCGGACUCGUUGAUCAUUCUGGAGAGUGGAAGAGUCACAUACCAAGGGUCACCAAACGCAGUAAACGAAGAAGCGGCACAUUUGCGUCAGAUGAAUGUCCACGUUGCAGUGGCUGAAACCAACACAGGUCUUGUCAAAACGAACAAGACAAUCCAGGGCCAAGCUCUCGAAGUAACUGAGGCUGUGGCUGAUUUGGGUAGAUCAACAGGAGAUUUCACUCUAUAUGGAUAUUACCUGAGAGCUAUUCACCCACGGAACUUCUUCAUACUACUCACUUGCACAGCUUCAUACUCAUUCUUUGUGACAUUUCCACAGUAUUGGCUGCAGAGGUGGACGGAGUCACCAGGCUCACAGACGAAAUUCUAUAUCGCAGGAUACCUUAUCCUUUCACUGCUAGCCUGGGUAGCCACGAAUGGUUCAAUGUGGUCUACUCAUAUGUUGAUUGCGCCAACGUCAGGUGAUGAGCUUCACCGACGAUUACUCUCCACUGUCUUUGGGUUUGUAGCGCAAUCCUGUGAGGGCCUGACUAACAAGUUGCAGUGCUCCAUUGCUGUUCUUCUCAAUUACAGAGACGGGUUCAGUGAAGAUAUGCAACUAGUUGACAAGAGCCUGCCUCCAGCAAUUCUCUCUCUUUGCAACCAAAUCUUCAAGCUUCUGGUGCAAACCACUCUCCUUUUCAGUGGCCAAAAACUGCUGGCUGCCACAAUUCCAUUAUGCGUUUUGGUAGUCUACGUUGUGCAACGGUUAUAUUUGCGAACAUCUCGGCAACUUCGCCUGCUUCAACUGGAAUCACAGUCUGCUGUUUACUCAAGCUUCCUUGAAUCCGUCGAGGGUGUCGUUAGCAUCCGCUCGUUUGGCUGGGUGAAGCAAGCAGAGAGUACUAACAUGAACUGUCUAGAUAAGUCCCAGCAACCAGCCUACAUCCUUCUGUGUUUACAGAUCUGGCUCAACAUUGUUCUAGACUUAGUUAUUGCCUCUAUAGCAGUGAUUUUAAUCGCUUUAGCAGUAUUCUUAGAGGGAAGCACAACGGCCGGACAGAUCGGCAUGUCUUUGAACGUUGUCCUUGUUGCCAACUCGACGCUCUUAGCACUUGUCACAUCUUGGACGAAUUGGGAGAUAUCUCUAGGUGCUAUAUCUCGUUUGAAGACGCUGGAAGAAGAGACAGUAGCAGAAGAGCAGCCAGUAUGCGGAGGAGUAGUCCCUGAGACUUGGCCCUCACGUGGUGCGCAUCAGGUCCAUGACCUUAUGGUCUCUUACGAAGAGACGCACGUGCCUGCAUUGAAGAACAUCAACCUAUCCAUUGAGCCCGGUCAACAUUUGGUAAUCUGCGGUAGGACUGGCAGUGGGAAGAGCACUCUCCUCCUCGCGUUUCUCCGCCUUCUCGACACCCAAUCGGGAUCUAUCGAAGUUGAUGGCAUCGACUUAAGUCAGGUUCCACUGUCAACUAUACGAGAACGAUGCUUCAUUAUUGUUACGCAAGAUCCAUUUCUGCUCGCACAGGCCAGCCUUCGGUUUAAUUUGGAUCCUUCGGAGACUCUUUCCGACAUUGUAAUCCUGAAGUCACUUGAACGAACUGGGCUCUGUGGACAUUUCGACACUCAUGUGCAGGCAAAGCUGGCAGAUAUCCUGGACAGUCCUCUCAGUUCGUUGCCUCACAUGUCAACUGGCCAGACUCAGUUAUUUGCCUUAACCAGAGCCCUCCUACGAGCAGAGCAUUGUUCAAUCACCGGAACAAAGCCCAUUCUGCUUCUGGACGAGGCGACAUCAUCGGUUGAUGGGCUGACAGAGUCAACUAUGCGGCGUGUUGUAAAAGAGGCAUUUACUGAUAACGGACAUACUGUGAUCGAGAUUACCCACCGUUUGUCUGGCUUGAAGGACAUCGCUCAGACGGCAGGUCAUAACCCGGAAGUGAGCGUGGUCCUUCUUUCGCAGGGGGGGAUUCAGAGACAGGGAAGAAUUGAGGAUAUGCUCGACUUUGGCAACGAGUCUUAG